ACCUCUUUCGUCCCUCACUGUCCGCAACCUUAUUCUCUCUUACCGUGCCCCUCAAACCCGCCCCUCUGCCAUCGGAGGAUCGGUGAAACCCACGACGAUGAGGCGAUCUUCGCCUCUCCUCCGCCAGAUCCUCCGAGGCGCCGCCUCCUCCUCCUCAUCGUCGGUGGGCCGGCGCUCCGUUACCUACAUGCCUCGGCCCGGCGACGGCGCGCCGAGGCCGGUGACCCUGAUCCCUGGAGACGGGAUCGGCCCCCUCGUCACCGGCGCCGUGCGGCGGGUGAUGGAGGCGAUGCACGCGCCGGUGUAUUUCGAGACGUACGAGGUCCACGGGGACAUGACCACAGUGCCGCCGGAGGUGAUCGAGUCGAUCCGGCGGAACAAGGUGUGCCUCAAGGGCGGGCUCGCCACCCCGGUGGGUGGGGGAGUCAGUUCUCUCAACAUGCAGCUGAGGAAGGAACUGGACCUCUACGCGUCGCUCGUUCAUUGCUUUAAUCUCCCGGGAUUGCCCACGAGGCAUGAGAAUGUGAAUAUUGUGGUGAUCAGGGAGAACACGGAGGGUGAGUACUCAGGUUUGGAGCACGAGGUUGUGCCUGGUGUGGUCGAGAGUCUUAAGGUGAUAACAAAGUUCUGUUCAGAGCGCAUAGCAAAGUAUGCAUUUGAGUAUGCUUACCUUAACAACAGAAAGACAGUCACAGCAGUACAUAAAGCCAACAUUAUGAAGCUUGCAGAUGGUUUGUUCCUUGAAUCUUGUCGCGAGGUUGCAACUAAAUACCCAGGGAUAAAAUAUAACGAGAUUAUAGUUGACAAUUGCUGCAUGCAACUUGUUUCAAAGCCAGAGCAAUUUGAUGUCAUGGUCACACCAAAUCUUUACGGCAAUUUGGUGGCAAAUACAGCUGCUGGAAUUGCUGGAGGCACUGGAGUCAUGCCAGGAGGUAAUGUUGGUCAGGAUCAUGCAGUGUUUGAGCAAGGUGCUUCAGCGGGCAAUGUAGGAAAUGAGAAGCUAGUGGAACAGAAGAAGGCAAACCCGGUGGCCCUGCUCCUUUCGUCCGCGAUGAUGCUGAGGCACCUCCAGUUUCCAUCAUUUGCCGAUCGCCUGGUGACUGCCGUCAAGCGUGUGAUCGCCGAGGGCAAGUACAAGACCAAAGAUCUGGGAGGGAGCGGUACGACCCAAGAGGUUGUCGAUGCAGUCAUAGCAAACCUGGACUGAGGUCUCACUUUACCCCCGGAAUCUCAGUAAUCAAUUUUCAGUAAAUUUCAGCCAUGAUUCUUCUAAGCUUUCUUCAGAUAAUUUGAUGAGGUUUUGAUGUGCAAUAAUUGUCACCGAGAUUUCGCAUAUGGAUUACGAUCUUUGAUAGUUUUCAUCGGUUGGAAAAUAAGCAAGCAGGGUGUAACCCAUAUAGAGUCUUAUUUAUUUUAA